AUGAAUACCGAAACAAUUGAAAGGUUUUAUGAAUAUAUUUGCCAGUGUUGUGACAGUCUAAUUAGUGAGAGUCCAGAUACAUCAAUAACUGUUACUGGGGAUUUCAAUCCAGAAAGUAAUGGGUUUCAGGAACGUGUCCUUAAAAACCAUUGUAAGUUAAAACAAGUAGUUAAAACGCCAACCAGAGGGAAUGCAAUUCUGGACUUGAUCCUGACCAAUGCCCAUUUGUUCUAUGAAAGACCAAUAUCAUUGGCACCGAUUGGCUUUUCAGAUCAUUGUGCUAUUAUAUGGAAAUCUAAAGAACAAACCCAAAGCAAAAAUGAGGUGAAAAAGAUCACAGUGAGACCCAUCAAAGAAGCAAGGUUGUUUACGUUUGAAGAAUGUAUCGGACAAGAGACGUGGUCAGCGGUUUAUGAUGCUCCAUGUAUUGACACCAAGGUACAAGAAUCCUACGCUACUGAAUGGAUUUACGAGGAUGUCCAUGAUAAGAUCAGUGGUAGUCAAUUUGGAGGUUUGCCUGGAACGUCGACAAUACAUGCGUUGAUUUACUUGUUACACAAAUGGUAUAAAGCAAUGGAUAGCCCAGGAAAGAUUGUUCGUAUCAUGUUUCUUGACUUCCGGAAGGCAUAUGAUCUGAUUGAUCAUAACUUGUUGUUAGAUAAUUUCAUUAAAAUUGGCGUUCGUCCGGCCAUGGUUGGCUGGUUUGCAUCAUACCUAACUAAUAGAUCACAAGUAACGUCCUUCCAAGGAGAGCAGUCCGACCGUAAAAGAGUCAAGGGUGGUGUCCCACAGGGAAGCAAGUUGGGUCCAAUCGCUUUUAUAAUUAAAAUAAACCAACUACCAGCGUCUAUUGCAUCUAAUGAUCAGGAUCAAACACGGAAUGCCGUAGAAGAGCAGGAUGCAGCGAUGUUUAUGGACGACACCACAAUAUCGGAAGUAAUCAAUGUGAUUGAUCAUUUAGAUGAUCAAACAAUCGGUAAUACCCGGGAAAAUGUAGAUAAAGUGGUAUAA